AAUAGGCACAGAGGUUUAUUUCUUCAAUUCACUUCAUUUUGAGUUCUGUGAACUGCAAUCAAAAUGAAAGAAUAUACUGUAUUAUUCUGCAUUCUUUUACUGAGCGUCAGCUUGUCUGCUGCUCAAGAGGUAGGUUAUAUCAGGCUGGCUGGUGGUCAAGAUUUCUCUGAGGGCCGUGUGGAGAUCUUUUAUAAUGGGGUUUGGGGAACUGUGUGUGACGACAGCUGGGACAUGAAUGAAGCCCAAGUGGUGUGUCAGCAGCUCAGUUUCCCUGGAGCAAGAGAAGCUCUGCAAUCAGCCGCAUUUGGCCAAGGGGAAGGCAACAUCUGGAUGGAUGAUUUAGAUUGUGUUGGGACGGAGACAAACCUGCUCCAAUGUCAGUUCCCUGGGUGGGGGAUCAAUAACUGUGGUCAUAGUGAGGACGCUGGUGUCCGAUGUGAAAUUGGCCCUGACCCUACCAGGGAAAGUGUCUUCUCUGAGUAUGAUGUGGACCACAACACAAGCCUCUCUCAUCAGCUGGGAGAGCUGUUUGACAGUGGAGGUGACUGCGAUAUAAACAUUACAGUGGUGGUGGACAACAAAACCACUGAGACAAUCUGUGCUCACAGGGUCAUCCUUUUUCUGAACUCAGACCUCAAAACUUCACAGCCAGACUCCAACAGCCUCAGCAUUUAUGUCACUUCUGACUGCACUCAACACGCCAACACCUUUGUCAGAUAUUUCUACUCGAGAAAGAUUAAAAUCACACUGUCCUCUGCCCACUGCAUUCUCAAGAUGGCGUUUGACUGGGGUCUGAGAGAAUUUCAGAAUGAAGCGGAAAAACUUCUCAGAUCGUUUCUCACAGAUGAUGUCACUUUCCAGUACCAAAACUCUUUCUAUGAGUAUGCAGUUCGCACAGAUGAUGAGGCACUGCAGGAAGUCUGUCUUCGCUACUUGGCGUGGAACUGUGAAGCGCUGAUCCAUUCCGAGGCCUGGAUUAAUUUUCCCUUUGGAUUGGUCAAAGCUCUUCUCUCUCGCUCAGACCUCGUGGUACAUAAUGAAACUGUCCUCCUGAUUGGACUGGAGAGAUGGGCCGCAGCCCAAAGAAACACAACUAUUCCUGAGGCCCUUCUGGAGUGCAUCCGGUUCCCAAUGAUACCAGCUGAGGACUUAUACACACUUGAUGCCUCAGAGUACUAUGCCAGAAAGUUGCAGGGGUUUCAGUUUAAUGCUCUACCCUUCACCUCAUUGCUCGAUGACCUGACAGAAGAACAAAAUGUCUACACAUCCAGAAUUUACACUGGCAAGCCAUGGAGCUUUACCUUCAGCACUCACGACGUCAGAGUGUACAUGAAUUCUGGGCUCUACACUUUUCGCGGCCAGAGCAUCAGCAGUCUGACAACUGAUUUCCAAACACCUGUUCAUAACAGUGCUUCUUUUAAUUUCCAUUAUAUGCGCUGGAAAACAAGGGUAUAUAUCAGUAAUCAAGACUGCUCAAGUGAAAGUGUCUCUUGCCCAUCUUUGCCAGCUGUCAGUUUAAAGGUUCAACAAAAGAACAGUGAUUUACCCAGUGAGCUGGAGGGGCGUAUUCGUUACAGCAAUAGGCUUGUUGUUCUGUGUGAAGGGAUCUACGUGUUCCACGUUGAAGAAUUUAAUGGUGUUGACGGUGAGAAUCUUGCGUUUGUUCCAGGCAGGACAGAACAAGUCUAUCCAUGCCUCUCAAACCUGCUCUCCUACCAAGUGGUGGUACGUCCCCAGUGCUCAACAGAUUAGUUUUGGUUUUUCUCUGGGAAAGACAGUAUUGAGGAGGCUGAAUAGGAAACAACAUAUUAUCUAAUAAUUAUAAUACUCUGACCUGUAUAAACAGUAUAUUAUCCAAGUGGAUAUGUUGAAUUUAUCAAGCUUAAGAAAAGUCAGCUCAAAGCAGGAAAGGUUUCCAGAUGACUGCAAGUGAAGGAGUAAUUGUAACUGGAUUGUAGUGUGAAGGGAGGUGAAUGUUUCCUGUGUUAGAUUUAAAGUUUUUGAUGGUUAGAGUCUCAGUAGAGCAUUUGCUCUAAGAAACAACAGUAUGGUACAAGUCUGUCCAUGCUUAACAAACCUGUUCUACCAACUGGUGGUACACCAUAACUACAGUUUAUGUUUGCUCACAUCAAUAAAGAAGGGGCGGAGAGGGAUAAGGAAGUCAUUAAAUGCAUUAUAUUACACUUCAUGAGACCGUCUGCACAUUCAAUAUACUUUAAAAGAGAUAUACAUUUAUAUGCAGUGCACUGUAAAACUUAACAUCAUUUUACAUGAAUUUCACACUUUUAAUAAAAAUUAAAGCUCUCUAAAUGUUUAAUAAUGAAAGUGAUGUCUUCUUGCCAUAUUUAAAGCAAAAUUUAGUAAAGUCCUUGUCUUAACAAUGUAGUUCUGCAAUAUCACUGUAUUUUUGAAAGUCUGUGUCAGAAAAUUAGGAAUUAGGCAGUUUAAUAACAGUAUAAUAACAGUAACAAUGUGUCACACAGUCACAGUUAUUAUACUGUUAUUAUACUUCCCAAAGUGUGAAAAAUCUGCUUUCAGCGAUAUUUUGCAGUAUUUAUACAAGGUUGUGUAAGUACAAGUAUGUGUGUCUAUGUAUUCUGAAUUACACUACUGCAUUUUGUUAAAAGUACAGUCUCAUUUGUCCGCACCUAUUUUUAAAACAACUAUAUUAUAGGAGCUCAUGGUACCAGGGGAGGAGAACACUAAUUUUCAUAAAAUUUAAUGAGUGGCUGACAAACUGUUGAAUAUGUGUAGUAUAAGAGAUCCCUAACUGACGUGGUUGUUCAUACUGAUGUUCGCCCUCUGUAACACUCAAUAUGUGAACUGUAAAAAGGAGUGCAAAGAGAGAGAGGACUCCAAAAAAACCCAAAACGGAUUAACAUAGCAGAACAGCGUUGGAGCUGCCGAGCUUAUCCAUACUAUAGAGCCACAGAAACGGUGAACCAGUGGUACAACAUCUCCAGCGGAGGUGUCAGCGGAUAAAAUUGUGUCACAUCUAAACUC